AUGUUGGGAAGGGGCCUUGGGCGAGAAAUGCUUAAGCGGGUCGCUGGACACCCGUGUAUUAUCCCCCAAAUGGGUCAUGUCAGAAACGAAAUGAAGAACACGAACAUGUUUACGAAAAGAGGCGUAUCCUUUUCAAGAAUACAUUUAACACACUAUCUGGAGGAUUACUAUACGUCGGCGGAAAUUGCGACGAACAUGGUAUCGCCCAUGUCUGAGUACGUUUGGUGGAGCUGGCUUUUCCUGCAGGCCACCAUAGUCUUUGGCACCUUGUUCCAUUCGAACUAUUAUUUCACGGGUAAGGCUCUGCCCAAAGUUCAAGGAAACUCACAGUUGUGUGAAGAUUCAUGGUGA